CUCGAGCGGAUUCCGCCGUUCCGUGGCCGGAGCCGGACGCAUACAUAAAGCCCGCGGCCGCGUUGGAUCGCGGCGGCAGCCCGCGCACGAGAACGAGAAGAACCCACCACCUCGAUCGAUCGAAGCGUGCAGAAAAAAAAAAUCCGCACCCGCGAGUCGUGCAGCUGCGGUGCAAGUGGUGGUGGUUUGCGGCGAUUGUGAAUUCUGUGAUGCCGGUGUAGAUCGAUGGCGAGGCGGCUGCUUGAGCGCUCGGCUUCCUCCUCCUCUUCCUCCCUCUUCCUCAUCCUCCUCUUCCCGCUGCUGGCGGCGGCGCUGGUGGUGGUCACGGCCCAGCGGAAUGCGCCGCCGGUGGCGAGCGUCCGCGUCGGGGUGAUCCUCACCGCGGGGUCGCCGAUCGGGGUGAGGCGGCGAACCGGGUUACAGAUGGCGGCGGAGGACUACUACGCGGCGCACCCGGGCUCGGCGACGAGGGUGGAGCUCCAUUUCAGGGACUCCGCGGCGGGGGACGUCCUCGCCUCCGCUUCCGCCGCGGUGGACCUGAUCAAGAACGUGCAGGUGCAGGCCAUCAUCGGGCCACCGACAUCAGCAGAGGCGGAGUUCGUCGUCCACGUCGGCAGCCACUCCCACGUCCCUGUUCUCUCCUACUCCGCCACCUCGCCGGCGCUCUCCCCGGUGCAGACGCCGUUCUUCGUGCGCACCGCCGUCAAUGACUCCUUCCAGGCCGCGCCCGUCGCCGCCGUCCUCGACGCCUUCAGCUGGCGCGCGGCGGCCGUCGUGUACGAGGACUCGCCCUACGGGAGCGGCAUCCUCCCGUCCCUCGCCGACGCGCUGCAGGGCGUCGGCGCCAAGAUCACGGACCGCACGGCGGUGCCGGCCGACGCCACCGACGACCGCCUCGACGCGCUGCUGUACCGCCUCGACGCCAUGCCCACGCGCGUGUUCGUCGUGCACAUGCUCUACGAUGUCGCCGGGAGGUUCUUCCGCCGGGCAAAGAUGCUCGGCAUGAUGUCCAAGGGCUACAUCUGGGUGGCCACCGACGGCGUCGCCACCUUCAUGGACAGGUUCUCCCCCGAGGAAGUGGACACGAUGCAGGGCGUGGUCAGCCUCCGGCCUUACGUGCAGGAGACGGACGCCGUCAAGAACUUCUCGGCGCGGUUCAAGGCGAGGUUACGCCGGGAUUACCCCGCCGUCGACGAUGUCCGUGAACCGACCGCCCUGCGGUUCUGGGCGUACGACACGGUGUGGGCGAUCGCCGCGGCGGCGGAGGAGGCCGGCGUCGCCAGCCCGGCGUUCCAGACGCCGCAGACGAGGAUGCCACUGACAGACCUGGACAGGCUCGGCGUGUCUGCCACCGGCGCGGCGCUCCUCAGGUCCGUCCUGAACACGACGUUCGACGGGCUCGCCGGCAAGUUCAGGCUCGUCGACGGGCAGCUGCAGCCGCCGGCGUACGAGGUCGUGAACAUCCUCGGCAGAGGCCCCAGGACGGUGGGGUUCUGGACGCCGGAGUCCGGGAUCACGCAGGACCUGAACGCCGGCAGCGCCGCCAGGACGCUGAAGCAGAUCCUCUGGCCCGGAGAGCCGCGCGAAACCCCGAAAGGCUGGACCGUGUCGCCGACCGGGAAGCCGCUUCGUGUCGACGUGCCGACGAAGCGAGGCUUCACGCAGUUCCUCGACGUCGGCAACGUGACGUUAACCGGGAACCGAAACAUCACGGGCUACUGCAUCGACAUGUUCGACGAGGUCAUGAAGAUUAUGCCCUAUCCGGUGAGCUACGAGUACGUGCCCUACCCCGAGAGCUCGGAGUCUUACGAGAAGCUCGUCGACCAGGUGUCCACACAGAAGGCGGACGUGGUCGUCGGCGACGUGACGAUCACGGCGAGCAGGAUGGAGGAGGUGGACUUCACGAUGCCGUUCACGGAAUCGGGGUGGUCGAUGGUGGUGGCGGUGCAGAAGGAGACGAGCACGAGCAUGUGGAUCUUCCUGCAGCCGCUCACCACCAGCCUCUGGCUCACCAGCCUCGCCUUCUUCUGCUUCACCGGCUUCGUCGUCUGGGUGAUCGAGCACCGGAUCAACGACGAGUUCCGCGGCACGCCAUGGCAGCAGUUCGGCCUCAUCUUCUACUUCGCCUUCUCCACCCUCGUCUUCUCACACAAGGAGAAGCUGGAGAGCAACCUGUCGAGGUUCGUGGUGAUCAUAUGGGUGUUCGUGGUGCUGAUCCUGACGUCGAGCUACACGGCGAGCCUGACGUCGAUGCUGACCGUCCAGAAGCUGCAGCCGACGGUGACCGACGUGAGGGAGCUCCUGAGGCGCGGCGACUACAUCGGGUACCAGGAGGGCACCUUCAUCGUGCCGCUGCUCGAGAAGAUGGGCUUCGAGGGGAGGAUGAGGAGCUACAGCACGGCGGACCAGUACGCCGACGCGCUGUCCAAAGGCUCGGCCAACGGCGGCGUCGCCGCCAUCUUCGACGAGAUCCCCUACCUGAAGCUCUUCUUGUCGCAGUACUGCGACGGCUUCACCAUGGUCGGCCCCAUCUACAAGACCGACGGCUUCGGAUUCGUGUUCCCGAGAGGGUCGCCGAUGGUGGCGGACGUGUCGCGGGCGAUCCUGACGCUGGCGGAGACGGAGAAGAUGGCGCAGAUCGAGAAGAAGUGGUUCGGCGAGCCGGGCGCGUGCCAGAGCCAGGGCAGCGCCGUCGGCUCGUCCAACCUCAGCUUCCGGAGCUUCGGUGGUCUCUUCCUCAUCACCGGCGUGGUGUCCACCGCCAUGCUCCUCAUCUACCUCGCCACCUUCUUCUACCGCGAGCGCGAGAAGCUCCGCGCGGCGGAGGCCGCCGCCAUCUCCGGCGCCUCCGGCUCCGGGAGCCCGUCGAUCCGGCGGCUGCGCGCGUGGGCGCGGCACUACGACCAGAGGGACCCCAAGUCCCGCACGUUCAAGAGAUCCAUCGACGAGUCCGUCAGGAACGGCAGCGAGUACGGCAACCGGACGCCGAGGUGGGGCGACGAGAGCCCGUUCAACGGCGCUGGCGCCGGCGGCGACGCCGGCCGGAUCCCGGAGGACGCCGUCGUCGGCAUGAGCCCGUUCAGCGUCAGCGUCUCCACCAGCUCGGAGAGGAACAACAACGCCGUUUCUCCUCCUCCGACGCCGGGUGACAUGCCGGCGUCGGAGUUCGACGGCUCGUUCGAGCGGGGGGCGGUGGCGGGAACAUCUCAACCGCGGUAGUUGUGACAGGGAAGUUGAGUUCUCUCCCAGUUGACAUCAUGACAUGUCCGGUAGAAUAUUCAGCAUUGACGGGUCAAGUACAAAUUGUACAAUUAGUGUGCAACAAAUGUCACCUCACCUGUAGAUAGGUCAUAAAGCAAGUUGUAUUGGCCGUGCUUUGUAAAGUGUAAUCUGGCAAUAAUAAUCUGUGAGUAAGGUAGAUGCAUUCCUGUGAAUCUAACUGGAAUACUGGAUGGGGAGAUCCAUGAUUAGGGGUGGAUAACAAGGUUGUUCAACUUAAA